AAAAAGACAAACUCCAAAUGAUCGUUUUUCUUCUAGUUUUACCUUCAGAUUUCUCUUCUGUGUCAACAGCUGUUCUCAUUCUACUUCAAUGAAUACUCAUUGAACUGAAAACAAUCGGUUAAUCUCUUUCGAUACCUAAGCGGUCGCUCGGAACAACGACAAGCAACAUAAAGAAUGCUCUGACGUUAAAACCUCAAGCGAUCAACCAACUACUUCUAUAAAACAGACUCAUUCGCGUGAUYGAAUGAACCCCCACUGAAAAAAGGAAGCUCUAAUAAUUGUAUUUCGAGGAAAUACCUUUGGUGUUUCAGAAAUGCGGUGUCCAGUUCAGCGUAUUUCUAUAUUGAUUUUGAUUCUAUGGACGAGUGAAUCACGGUGCAACAAUCCAACGGUUGAUGAGCAUUUGUUUCGUGGACUGUUAAUAUCUCUUGGGAAAGCGUAUAAUUUUUACGAUCAAAAAUACAAAGACAUUAAUCUGGAUGGGAUUUAUGGGCUUCGUGUGUCUGAAGGAGCUCUAAUAAAAAUCUUAGAUGAGCAAAAAUCAGGGACACUAAAACUAGACAAAGAAACAGUGUCAAGAAUAUCUUCUCUCCAGAGAGAAGCAUCAUUAAUUGCCAAGAAAUCUCUUCCUGUACUUCAAAAGAACUACCCAAGUUACUUCAAGAAGUUUGAAGUUGCAAUAUCAGGACCAUGGAAGAAUUUCAAAUCCUUUCGAAAACUUGAUCAUUCUUUGUACAUUCCUAUUGACAAGAGAAGUGAAAUAAGCUUUGAUGAAGACACAAGUGACCAGUGUAUGACAGAAAUGACUGGGACAGGAGAUACUUCAAGCAAACCUUGUGAAUURUCAGCUCAUUGUUGGAACCUCAUGACGUCGAAAGGAGCUGGAGGUUAUGCUCUGACACACCAAGCAUUGUUUCUUCUGAUCGGGGAAUUACAUGGUUGCAAGAAAAAUCUGUUAAAAAAGCUAAAAGAGUUAAACAACGGAAUCAGUUUACAAGGUGUUUAUGACCGUAUCUGUGCUAGCAUGUACCCACAGAUGCUGGAAUAUGAAAAGAAAAAAUCCUCUUCAAACUAUGAAAGAGAUUUGUACAUGGAGCAAGGGAUGGUUUGUGGUAGCAUGGGAUACGACGAGUUCUUAUCUCCAGACAGACUGAAAAGAAUUCUGGGAUGGCAAAGAAAGAGUGGUUGCUAUGGUGACCUGGAUGACAAGAAAGAUGCUCGGUACUUUGGAGAAAGCAGUAGGGAUGAUGUAGAACAUCCUCAUCUUGGACAAAAUAUGAUUAAUAAAAAUGCAUAUGGAAAAAAUGGAUUGRAGAAGGAAAAAAUGCUUGACAGAAGUCAAGGAGAUGAUGUCAGAUUGGGUGGCACUGGAAGGAAAUUGAUGAGCAUGAGAACAAUGAGGUCACUUCUGGUGGAGAAAGCUCUCGAUGGUGGGUGCAUGUCCCAUCUUACUGGUGUUGCUACAGGUACCUUGGGGGUCUAUCUGAGAUGGGCUGCACAUCUGAAAUUCCCAGGACCCUUGUGCAACCACACUAAAGAUAAAAGUACAGCCAAAGAAGACCAGUCGUAUCAUAACCAGAAAUCUGCUGGUCACAGUGUUUACCUGCGAAAGAUGAUGCAGAAAGAGAAUGAACCUGUKUUAAAGAUUGCCAAUGCUAAACAARWUGGUAACCAUGGCACCCAUGGCRUUUCCAUGACAACCUCUGCUGGGWUUUYGAUAGUACUAGUCRUUGUACUGUUGGUCGUAUAUGGAACUUUAACCAGAAAAAGGUUACUGAACAAAGCAUGGGUCGUGUUACAACGUAGAAAAACCAGUCAUGUUAUUUAAUCCAUUWAAAUAUCAAUGUAAAUUACGAUUUACAAAAACAUUAAUCUUAAUUUUGUGAUUCGCGAUCAAAGAAGAAUUUGAUAUAAAUAGAAAAAAUGGUUUCCUAAUAAAUAUAUUUUCUUAUACA